AUGCCUACCCUCGCGAUUACGAAUUUCAACAUUGUGUGCGCGACUUUGGGAGGCUUCAUCACUGUCUUUGGACUUGUCUCGUAUCUUUUGAAGGAGAAGUUCUACCUCUCUGAAGCAUUAAUCUCGCUCGUUGCGGGACUCAUCUUCUCGCCACAUGCGACCAAUUUUGUGCGUCCGGAGGAAUAUGCGCUGCAAGAGCCGGAGGUCUUAGAGUCCAUCACGCUCUAUUUCACCCGUCUGGUUCUCGGUGUGCAGCUUGUUCUCGCAGGCGUGCAACUUCCAUCGAAGUACCUGAAGACAGAAUGGAAGAGUCUCGCUCUCCUGCUUGGGCCAGGCAUGACGGUGAUGUGGAUUGCUACUAGCCUACUCGUCUUUGCAUUUGUGCCGCAUAUCAACUUCCUACAAGCUCUCGCGGUCGGUGCUUGUGUCACGCCCACCGAUCCUGUGUUGUCGAACUCGAUUGUCAAAGGCAAAUUUGCAGAUAAAAAUAUCCCGAAAGAGUUGCAGAAGAUCGUCAUUGCGGAGUCGGGUGCGAAUGAUGGCCUUGGGUAUCCGUUCUUGUUCUUGCCGCUGUAUCUGAUCAUGCAUAUUGGGCACGGUGGACAGGGCUCGGACGACAGCGUCAAGACUGCAAUGGGCUUGUGGUUUGGAGAAACAUGGGGAUACACUAUCAUUCUGAGUGUGGUAUAUGGUGCGACAGUUGGGUGGAUCGCGAAGGAGCUGCUGCAUUGGGCCGAGGAGAGGAAGUAUGUUGAUCGUGAGAGCUUCUUGGUUUUUGCAAUCACGCUGGCUCUAUUUAUUGUCGGGACUGUUGGAAUGAUUGGCAGUGAUGACGUGCUUGCUUGCUUCAUCGCUGGCAACACCUUCACGUGGGACGAUUGGUUUCGGCUGGAGACAAUGGACGACUCAUUCCAGCCCACUAUCGACAUGCUCCUUAAUGUCACCAUCUUCAUUUGGUUCGGUGCCGUCUGCCCAUGGGCUGAGUUCGCACACAAUAGCGUAAUCCCUAUCCACCGCCUGAUAUUCCUCGGCAUUCUGGUACUGCUGCUUCGACGGCCACCGAUUGUGUAUGCUAUGCAUAAAUACAUUCCGCAGAUCGAGCAGAAGCGACAGGCUCUCUUCGUGGGUUUCUUUGGACCGAUCGGGGUCAGCGCAAUCUUCUACCUCUACGUCAGCCUAGAGUUCCUGAGGAAGAUCAAGGUAGACGGAGAGAUAAGGGAGGAUGCACAAUACCUGAUCGAGGUGAUGAAUGUGGUCAUUUGGUUUCUCUGCAUUUGCUCUAUCGUCGUCCACGGUCUCAGCAUCCCAAUGGCUAAACUCGGCUUCAUCAUCCCAAGGACACUAUCCAAUGCCCUAUCCAUCGCACGCAGUGAAGAAGACGAGCCCGUCCCCUUCCACAUCUCAGGACGAAACGAAGACUCGGAUGCAGAAGCUAGACUCCGCAGACGCACAGGAGGACUACGUAGCGGAGAUACGCUACCUCAGCGCGUGGUGCGCAUCGGGCGGUCAAUCAUCCCCUCUGGCCACGGCUCGGGGAGUACUUCCAGGGUAACUUCUCAAGCACCUACACCAGCUCCUCUAUCGGCGGUCGCAACACAGGCUCGAGAUGAGGAAGAACCUACAAGACGUAAGGUGGUGAAUGACGAGUCGCGUGGUUCUCAGGAGAUACAGAGGACAAUUCGCUUCGCGCAUCAGCAGCCGCCUGUUGCAGGUAAGGACUAA